CAAUGGGUUGUGUUCACGGGAAGUGCUUUGGGCGCUUCAAGAAGUUCUUCUGCUUUAGCUGCAGUUUCGACUGCCUUUGCUGCGUUAGCUGCAGCCACUGUCAAGCCUCUUGCACCGCUGCCGCCGGCGACGACUCCUUCGGGGAUAACGAAAUCGCCCCCUCGCAGCUCCGCGGUCGCUGCGGCCUUUCCCACGUUCUCACCGGCGCAUCGCUUAGCGCCGCCGAUGUUCCCUCCGCCGGCCUCCGCCUGCACUUCUCCACCCUCACGCAGCGCGGUUACUACCCCGACGAGCCGGAUAGAACCAACGAGGACAGCUUCUGCGUGAAGCUGCGCCUGCAGGGCGACCCCGAGCUCCACCUCUUCGGCGUCUUCGACGGCCACGGCAAGUUCGGCGCGCAGUGCUCCGAGUUCGUCCGCGACAAGCUCCCGGACUUCCUCGCCGCCGAUGCGCGACUGCCGGAGAACCCCGUAGAAGCCUUUAACUCGGCCUUCGCCGCCACGAAUCGCGCUCUGCGCGAGAGCGCGAUCGACGACAGUAACAGCGGCACGACGGCGAUCGCGGUGCUGGUGCGUGGCGACACGCUGUUCGUGGCCAACGUGGGGGAUUCCCGGGCGGUGUCGGGAGUCAGGAAAGAUGAGCGUGUGGUCGCAGAGGAGCUGUCGAGCGACCAGACCCCAUUCCGGCGGGACGAAUGCGAGAGGGUGAAGCGGUGUGGCGCGCGGGUGUUGACGAUCGAUCAAAUAGACGGCGUGAAGGAUCCGAACGUGGAGUGCUGGGACGAGAAGGACCCCGACCCGCCGAGGGUGUGGGUGCAGGACGGGAAGUAUCCGGGGACGGCCUUCACCAGGAGCGUGGGGGAUGCAACAGCAGAGAGUGUCGGCGUGGUCGCCGUGCCGGAGGUGAAGGAGGUGAACAUCACGGACGACCAUGCGUUCUUUGUAAUAGCCAGCGAUGGGGUUUUCCAGUUCCUCUCCAGUCAAGCUGUAGUCGACAUGGUUUCUAGUUUCGUGGAUCUGAGGAACGCUUGCUCGGCGGUUGCUGCUGAAUCGUACAAGUUGUGGUUAGAGAAAGACUAUCGGACCGAUGAUAUAACAAUCAUCGUCGUGCAGAUCGAAGAUUUGUCCGAGAUCAGUUUCCCUUGCAUUCCCAGUGAGUCAGUAGCUUGAUACCAAAAGCCAAUGCGCCUUCUUUUCUUCAACUCCUAGUUCAGUAGCAAAAGUCAAUGAAGGAUUCUUAAUGAUGUUCC